AUGGCGGUGUGAACGUCAAAUCUUCCGGCUUUUCAUCCUUUGCCUUCUGUCUUCUCAACGAAUUCCAAACCUAUCUUCUUGGGUUUCUUCCUCUUCUGCUUUUUUUUUCUUUGAUCCAAAACUUUUUCAUUCUGGUUUCAGCGAUCUUCGUCUCUUAGGUUUCCGAGGGUUUUUGGCGAUUUUUGUCAUGUUCCGGGGCUUUUGACCCUUCAUCCCACGGAAAUUUGCUCUCUCUCUCUCUGGGUUUCUAGUUGAAUAUCGAUUCCUUUUGGGUCUUUCUGGGCAGUUGGCGAGACAGUUCUCGAAAGCACGGGCCGCAACUGAGAUAACCUCUUAGCCUAUAGAGUAAUUGUUAUUCUGCGGUGAGAUGGGGCAGGAACCUGAUCCAGAUGUUGUUAAGUGGGGACUUCAGGAUCUGGAGGUUUGUACUCUUACCAAUGCUGGUUGUUGCGGUAGUGUUACUCGGUAUGCGACAGGCACUGUCACUCACGGCUGCAUUAGAGAAGGUUACAACGGAGGUUUGACUGGUUAUGUAGAAAACGAUGAGGUUAUUGCUCAGCUUUACCAGGAAGAAUUGUCUAGAGUUGCUCAAUCAGAGGCAUUGGGAUUCAAUAAUCCCAGCCGGUCAUCCGUUGUUUCACAAGAAUGGCCUCGUUCAGAAGGGCAAGAAAAUCGAGGGAAAGCCAGUAGUAAUCCUGAGGGAAGUGAAAAUCGUAAAGAUUCUGGUGAUAUGGAAGAUAGCAAUUCUGCAAGGAUAGGAAGCCAAGAAGGAGCAAACUCCCCUGCACGAGAUACACUGCUCAUGGAUGAUGACGGUGAUCCUCUGCGUUCUGUAGAAAUAGAAGAAGAAGACUCAUGUUCGUUGGAUAAUGAAGUCGGAAAAAGACUGAACCAGAUGGUCCCUGUUCCUCAUGUUCCGAAAAUCAAUGGAGAACUACUACCUACUGAGGAUGAACAGAUUUCAGAUCAUGAACGGCUACUCCAGAGACUACAAUUGUAUGGUUUGGUCGAGAACAAGGUUCAAGGAGAUGGCAACUGCCAGUUCCGUUCAUUAUCAGACCAGCUUUACCGCACUCCUGAUCACCACAAAUCCGUGAGGGAACAAGUUGUUGAUCAGCUUGCUUAUAAUCGAGAGAUAUACGAGGGUUAUGUUCCUAUGGCCUACAACGACUAUUUGAAGAAAAUGAGAAGGUUUCACACUCGGUUCCCACAUUCUUUUUCUAUAGAUUUCAUUGUAUUGUUUGGACGAAAGCCUGCAUUUUCUUUGCGAUAUCUGGGUGCUUGUCUUCGAAAAAGCAGGAAUGGAGAAUGGGGUGAUCAUGUUACGCUUCAAGCUUCCGCGGAUUUGUUUGGUGUCAGGAUAUUCGUGAUAACUUCGUUCAAGGACACGUGCUACAUUGAGAUAUUACCGCUCAUUCAGAAGUCUAACCGGCUUAUAUGCUUAAGCUUCUGGGCUGAGGUGCAUUACAAUUCAAUAUAUCCUGAAGGAGAGCUUCCGAUGCUGGAGACAAAGAAGAAGAAAUAUUGGGUCUUUUGAGCUUUCUUCGCCUCUUUCUUGUGGAUAUAUUCAUUUUCUUGUUCUUUCUACUGAUUUAGUACAAAUAGAUUUAGCUAGCAAAACGUUGAUGUACAUAUACACGACAGAUGAGCCGUUUUAGUGGUGAAUACAUUUAUUUAUUUAUUCUUACUUAAUACGA